AUGUCAAUCGAAGGGGAAGAAGGUAUUGACCUAAUUGACUUCAUGAGUCCACAAGAAAGCAACAUGGAAGGAGUAACCUAUGAAGGAGUAAGUCAGGAAAAUGGUAAUGAGGAGGUCAGAGAAGGUGAUCCAAAAGAUGAUGAAGAUGAUAAUGUCCCAGAUGUGAAAGGAAAAUUGAUGUUUAAUGAAGACAUACCUUGGAAGAAGCAGUUGCCAAUUCUAGGUAUGAGGUACUGGCAAGUGCUUCCUAGUGGCCUGAAUACAUUUGAAACAAGAAACUUAGGAGAGUCUUAUGGAGUUGAUUUGGAAAAGAAAACAUGUACUUGUAGGAUUUGGCAAAUGAAUGGGUAUGGGUGUGUACACUCAGUGGCAACCAUUAGUUAUGUAAAUAGAGAUAUAGAGGCAUUUGUUGAUCCUUUAUAUCGUGCUUGCAUAUAUAUGAACACCUACAAGUACUCAAUAGGAAGCAUGAAUGGGAGUGCAAUGUGGCCCCCAACAGACUACAUACCACCUUUGCCACCUUUGAAAAGGAAGAUGCCAGGGAGACCCAUUACUAAUAGAAAGAGGGACAGUACCGAGGUUAGUGGAUCACACAAAGUAUCCAAGGCAGGGAAAAAGAUGGUAUGUGGUGUUUGUAAGAAAUCAGGCCACAAUAAGUCAACCUGUGAUGCAGUGUCAAAGGCCCAAAAAGUGAGGUCAAAAAAGGAAGGCAGAAGGUGA